UCUCGUCUCUCUCUCCUGCAGCAAAGUCUGAUGUCUACCAUCAUCAACCUGGCCCAGAACUUCAUCGGCAGCAACAACAUCAACCUCCUCCAGCCCGGAGGACAGUUUGGGACUCGUCUUCACGGCGGCAAGGAUGCUGCUAGCCCCAGGUAUAUAUUCACCAUGUUGAGUCCCCUGGCUCGACUCCUGUUCCCAGUCACCGAUGAUCCACAACUCAACACCCUCAAAGAAGACAACCUCAAGAUAGAGCCAGAGUGGUACUGCCCCAUCAUACCCAUGGUCCUGUGCAAUGGCUGCGAUGGCAUCGGUACCGGUUACUCCACCUUUGUACCCAACUACAACCCUCGGGAAAUUGUAGAUAACCUUCGCAGACUCAUGAAUGGACUGGAGCCAAUGGAAAUGCAACCGUGGUACAAGAACUUCGCCGGGACCAUUGCCCACGUUGAACCCCAGAGGUACGUAGCCUACGGCAGUGUUGGUCGCCUCAGCCCCACCUCUGUGGAGAUCACGGAGCUGCCCAUCCGAACGUGGAUCCAGACCUACAAGGAGAAUGUUCUAGAACCAAUGCUCCACGGGACAGAGAAGACCCCGUCCUUCAUCACUGACUACAAGGAGUACCACACUGACACUACCGUCAGGUUUGUGGUCUACAUGACGGCAGAUAAGGUGGCCGAGUGCGAGCGCAUCGGCUUCCACAAGAAGUUCAAGUUGGAGACCUACCUCAACACCUCCAACCUGGUACUGUUUGACCACAAUGGCUGUCUCAAGAAGUACAACACAGUUAUGGAAGUUCUCCACGAGUUCUAUGAGGUUAGGUUUGCAUUGAUGGACAAUUCUACCAACCAGCCAUGUUUCUCAUAAUUAUUGUACGUAUGUGUGUUGUUGUAUGUGUGCAGGUGAGGCUGACCAUGUACCGCAAGAGGAAGGCCUACCUGGAGGGAAUGAUGGCUGCCGAGUCAGCAAAACUGGACAGCCAGGCUCGCUUCAUCAUGGAGAUCAUUGAAAAGAAACUUGUCAUCAGUAACAAGAAAAAGGCACUAGUUGUAAAGUUGCUCCAGUCUUCUGGGUACCCUAGUGAUCCAGUCAAGAAGUGGAAGAACUCUGUGAGUGACGACGUGGAGGAAGAAGAGGGGGAGGAGGGAGAGGGGGAGAGGGAGGGGGGUGGGAGUAUGGAGGACGGUGCUGACUACAACUACCUCCUGUCCAUGUCGCUGUGGUCUCUGACUCUGGAGAAGAAGGAGGAGAUUAUGAAGAAGAGGGAUGAAAAGGCUCAGGAGCUGAAGGUGUUGCAGGGAAAGACUCCGAAAGACCUGUGGAGUGAAGAUAUUGACAUGUUCAUGCAGGAGUUGGACAGGGUGGAGGAAGAGGAGAGAGCGGACGAGGCUGCAGGUGCCAGAAUCACCAAGAAGAAGAAGACCAAGGGCAAGCAGGGUGGUCGGCAGGCUAAGCUCGCUACCGACUCCGGAAACUCAUUCAAGGAAACCCGCCCUAGUCCAUUUGCAGAGCUCGUUGCGCCCGUCAUCCCCGAGUUUUCUACCGAGAGGAAAACGGCGGGGAAGGGUAGGGGCAGGGUCAAGUCUGAGCCCAAGACAUCGACUGGUGAAGUGUCUGGUGGUAACGAAAAAGAGGAUCCGAAGCAAAAGAAGUUGAAGUUUGAGAGUUCCGAUAAGACCAAGGAAGAGGGCGAGGGAGGUGGGAAAGCCAAGAAGGCACCGACCGAGAAACCCUCUCAGGCAAAGAAGAGAAAGGUGAAGGAAAUGGUGGACAGUUUCGUCAUUAGCUCCGAUUCGGAGGAGGAAGUGGAAGAGAGAGAGAUGGAGAAGAAGAGUUUGCAUGAGAGGAUUGAACUGAGGAAGACCAAGGUAGCAGAGUACAAGGAUAUUCUGUCGGGAGAGGAGAGUGUGGAGAGCGAGGCGAGUUGGAAGAGUGAGAGUGACGAUGGGGGCGCCCCUCCAAUAAAGAAAGCCAAGUUGGCUGCUGGUGGAUCAAAGACGGCAGUCCCGACUGGUGAAAGUGUGGAGAUUGACGAGGUCAGCAGUGAAACAACCGAGGCAGCAGAAGGGGCAAAGAGCAAGAAAACAGCCCCAAAACCGGACAGAGGGGCAGGUGUGAAAGGGAAAGGCAAAAAGGAGUCAGCAGCUUCAAAGUCCACGGCAGCCAAGCUCACUGCCAAACCAGCAGCAAAGCCGAGUAAGGCUGGAGCUCGUAAAGCGACCAGCAGCAGUUCUGGGAGCGGUAGUGGGGAGAAGAAGAAGCAAGGGAAAGUGACACUCGCGAAGAAACGUGUGGUGUCGCAUGACUUUGUGAGCGACGAAGAGUCUGACUACAGCAUCGAGUCUGGGUCAGGGAGCGACUCGCUGGCUCUUCCGUCCAAGAAGGCGGCAACUGAGGCUGCAAAGUGUCGGCCACGGAGAGGACAGAGGGUCAAGUAUAACGUCAUUUCUGACUCUGAUGACAGUGACUUUAUGGCCUGAAACUCCACUCGCUGGCUUACAUUGCUUUUCCAUUAUGUAUCAUAAUCACACGCACCUUGUGUUUCACUGCUAUACUAUCAUCAUCAUCAUCACAAUAAUAUAUACCUGCCAUUAUAGCAUGUAUUGUAUAAUAUUGGUGGUGAGCAAAGUGAGCCUACUAUGCGUACAGCAGUUCAUCACUCCAAUUGUCAUGUGAGCAGAGCAAGGUCCAACUUGAGGUAGCAUACACCUAUACGUACAUGGUGUGUUUCCUGACAGACAAAUCUUCAUUCAACUUCAAUAUAUGGGAGA